AUGACGACGACGCGGGCGGUGCGGGACGCGCGCGCGGCGGACGCGGACGCGGAGGAGAAGACGGCGGUGAAAUUGCUCACGAGCGAUGAGAGUGAGAAUUUGUUGAAGAUUCGACACACGAGUGCGCACGUGAUGGCGAUGGCGGUGCAAAAGGUUUUCCCGAGCGCUCAGUGCACGAUCGGGCCGUGGAUCGAGCGCGGAUUUUACUAUGACUUUUUCUAUCCGGAGGGUUUCACCAACCAGGACAUGAAGAAGAUUCAAAAGGAGAUGUACAAGAUCAUUCGCAAGGACUACCCGCUCCGACGCGAAGAGGUGUCGCGCGAGGAGGCCGAGCGACGAAUUCGCGAGAUUAACGAGCCGUACAAGCUGGAAAUUUUGGAUGCCAUCAAGACUGAGCCGAUAACCAUUUAUCACAUCGGCGACGAGUGGUGGGAUUUGUGCGCGGGUCCACACGUUGAGUCCACGGGUAAGCUCGAUCAAACGGCGUUCGAGCUCGAGAGCGUGGCCGGGGCGUACUGGCGCGGAGAUGAGACGAAGCCCAUGCUUCAACGAAUUUACGGCACGGCUUGGGAGAACGCGGAACAGCUCAAGGCGUACACCGAGUUCAAGGAGGAGGCCAAGCGCCGGGAUCACAGAACGAUCGGCAAGGACUUGAAUCUGUUCUCUCUUCAGCAAGACAGUGCGGGUGGUGGGUUGGUGUUCUGGCACCCGAAAGGCGCGCAAAUGAGGCACAUGAUCGAGACCUACUGGAAGGAUCUCCACCUCGCGCGCGGUUACGAGCUGCUGUACUCGCCGCACGUCGCCAGGCAAGAAUUGUGGCAAACGUCCGGUCACAGCGAUUUUUACUCGGAGAACAUGUACCAACCGAUCAAGGUUGAAGAAGAAAUGUACCAGCUCAAGCCCAUGAACUGUCCGUUCCACAUCGUCGUCUACCAAGAUGGCUACUAUUCGUACAAGGACUUGCCCAUUCGCUGGGCCGAGCUCGGUACGGUGUACAGAUACGAACGCAGCGGCACCAUGCAUGGUUUGUUCAGAGUCCGAGGGUUCACUCAAGAUGAUGCGCACAUCUUCUGCCUCCCUGAUCAAAUCACCUCCGAGAUCAAGCGCGUGCUCGACUUGACCGAAGAGAUCCUUAGCACAUUUGGCUUCACCGAUUUUGAAGUCAACCUUUCCACUCGACCGGAAAAAUCAGUCGGCGAAGACGCGAUUUGGACGACGGCGGAGAACGCGCUCCGAGAUGCCCUCGGAGAAAAAGGUUGGGACUACAUCGUGGACGACGGCGGUGGAGCGUUCUAUGGACCGAAGAUUGAUAUCAAGAUUUUGGACGCCAUCGGGCGCAAGUGGCAAUGCUCCACCGUGCAGCUCGAUUUCAACCUGCCGGAGCGAUUCGACUUGAACUACAUCGAUCGCGACAACAACAAGCAGCGACCCAUCAUGAUUCACCGAGCCAUUUUCGGUUCGCUCGAGAGAUUCUUUGGCAUUCUCACGGAGAAUUACGCCGGUGAGUUCCCGUUGUGGCUCGCUCCGGUCCAAGUUCGCUUGCUCCCGGUGACGGAUGAAGUGAGCGAUUACACCGAAGGUGUUGCGGCGAAACUGCGUGAGGCGGGCUGUCGCGUUGAAAUCUGCACCGGGCAACGUCUCGCAAAGCUCGUUCGCACCGCUGAAAAGGCGAAGAUUCCGGUCAUGGCGGUCGUGGGAAGAGACGAGGCGGCGAAUAACACGCUCGCCGUUCGCACGUACAAGGAUGGUGACGUUGGCUCGCUCUCCGUCGACGAAGUGUUGUCGCGAAUCACCACGGCGAACGCAACGAAGGGCACUGACUUCUAG